CACCUCUAGGGCUGCCCACUAGAUUUGCAUUUGCAAACCAGCAGCGCCCAGAGCUCCGGCGCCGGGGCAGCUAUCUAAUCAGCGCUGCCCCACCAAUCCAGCGCCUUUGUGAAGAUCUUUGCUGCAUUUGCAAGGCAGGCAGGCAGCGCCGAGCAAUCAGAGCCAGCGCUGCUGCCCCAUCGAUUCCAGCACACUGUGAAAAACUCUUUGGGGCACGCGAUGCUCCGGCGGCUCGCGGGCCUGGCCGCCGCCUACGGGGCGCUGCCCGAGCCGCCCUUCGUCUGCGACAACACGCAGUGCCGCGUCGAACCGCGAAACGCGAGCGCGGCGCCGAUCUGCGCCGCGGGCUACUACACGUGCGCCAGCUGCUGCGACGAGGACGCGGACUGCAACUGCGACGGCCACGGCGGCGACGCCUACGACCACGCCUGGCGCACGCCCAAGUGCCCCGAAGGCUACUACGAGUGCGGCGAUUGCUGCGACCGCGACGCGGACUGCGCCUGCGACGACCAGUGCGAACGCUUUCGAGCCCCGUCGUGCUUGCGUCGGGAACGUGGGAAGACAAAUGGAAAAAAGUACCGACCGUGCAAUUCAGAUUUGCCUGCGAACGUGGACUGCAGCCUCGCGUACCACGAGAACGCGUCCAAGCCCCACGGUUGGUGCCCCGUCGGCUACCACGACUGCGGCCAGCAGCACGACUGCUGCGACUGGAACAGCGACUGCAAGUGCGACGGCGCGUGGCGGACGGGCAACUUCAACGAGCACUGCGGUCCCGGGCCGACGGGCCACGACGGCGCGCUCCGGGACUUCGAGUGCAGCGUGCACAAGGGCCUCGACGACCCGCCGCUCGCGGGGAGCAGUUGGGGCACCUUGGCCACCGAGGCCGGCGCCUGCUGCGCGGGGCCGAACGAGACCGCCGCGUGCGCGGACGGGUACACGGUCGUGGCGGGCGACGCGCCCUGCGUCUUCACGUGCUGCGAGGGCGCCGUCGACAACCUGACGACGGCCGCGGACGUGGACGCCGAAGGCAUCUGCUGGGAGGCCCACGCGAACGAGGGGCGGCGCCCGGUGGAGUGGCGCGACUGCUGCGAAGCCGAGUGCGGAGAUAAACCCGCCGACGAUGGCGACGGCACCUCCACGUGUCGGACGGUCUACCUUGCAGGAGAGGCCUGCUCUCAGCACUUUUGCGAGGCGCACUGGGGGGAGGAUUGGGGGGAGGAGCCGGACCGCGAGGAGUGGUUCCGCGAGACGACCUGCCGGCCGAAGGCGGACGCGCCGGCGGCGUGCUUCGCGCGGCCGUCGCCCCGCGCCGACUGCGUCGACGACGCGUGCCGCGGGAUGAUGCCCGGGGGCGCCGCCGUGGAUCGUUUUUGGGAUCCUUUGGAUGAACACAGCGGGUUUACGAUCAAGGAGGACUGCUACGGCAUGCAUUACGAGACUCCCUUCUGGGAACGGACCCGCAUUUUUGGGCCGCAGUCCCGGUACUGCGCCGACGACCACACGCUGGCGGGCGUGGACUUCGUCCCCGGCGUCGGCGCGUGCUGCACGAACGGGACUUCCGACGACGCGAAAUGCGUCGCGCCCGCGCCGGAAUGCUUCCACCGCAGCGGUCCCCGGCGGUGCGACGUCCUCUUGAAGUAUUUUGGCACCAUGGACUACGACGGCGAGCACGCCCGCACGCCCCCCUGCGACUUUAGGGGCGAGCCCUACGCCUGCGACGGCCUGCGGUGCGACCCGGCGUCCGGCGCGCUCUACUACGUCCGCGAGGAUUCGUGGCGCUGGUGGGACCGCCUCUGGUCGUGGGAGUACAAGGAAAGACUCGGCGACAACGCCUGCGUCCGCAACUGGUUCCGGGCCGACCUGCGGGAGCAGGAGCCCUGGCCGGCCUCGCGGAAGAACCGGCGCGUGGGCGAGCGCCAGCGCAUCCGGGCCUGCGGCGUGGUCACCGCGGACGGCGACUUCUUCCACGCGCAGCUCGCGGGGGGCAAGGCCUGGGACGAGGCGUGGCUGUACAGGGACGGCCACUACGCCAACACCGACCCGAACUGGGGCCACCCGUGGGACAACUUCUGGGCCUCGACGCGCGCGCCCCGCCGCUGGCGGGGCCUGGACGCGGCGCCGACGACCGCGGCGGCCGACGCGUGCGCGCGGGCCGCGGCGCGCGAGUUCCACGGCGGCUGCCUCGGGACCUGCGGGAAGACGUGCGCCGAGCUCGGCCACGACCCCGUCCUCUUCGAGAAGCUCAGGGCCGCCGUGAAGAAGUGGCCCGACAAGGGCGGCGGCGACGCGAUUCCGGACGCCUGCGGCUUCGCGUCGCGGGCGGCCGCGGCGCGUUGGAAUGCCCACGAGGGGUUUUAUCGUAUACUCUACGACCCCCACAUUGUAACUUGGGUCACGGCCAGACAAAUCGUCGCGUGGCUGGGCGUCGGCCUCAUCUACGUCGUCGGCGUCGCGGCGGCGUGCUGCGUCUCGCAGCCGGCGUGCCUUGGAUACGCGCACCUCCAACGCUUACGGAACUGGGUCAAUCGGCAGAUAGAGGACGGGGUCGGGGCCCGCUACUGCUACUUCGUCUGCUGCGGCGGCUGGCUCGAGUUGUUGUGCACCCUGCCGGCGCUGCUGCGACGCCGGCCCGGAGUGGUUCCGGCCACGAUCGUUCCCAUAGUGCUCGUGUCGACGCUCAGCUGGCAAUUAGGGGCGGGCGCCGCGCCGCUCUUUUUCUUCCUGUUCUUCGGCGGGCUGCUGAUCGUGUUCCGCGACGAGGCGCGCGCGCGCUACGAGAAGUUCUGCGAGCGGCGCCCCUGGUUCAGACGCCACGUCGCGCCUCGGGUGGAGAAGCUCUCGGCCGGCGUCGCGGCGCUUUUCAGACGCCACGUCGCGCCGCGCGUCGCGUCGCUUAAGAACAAGCAAGCCGUCGUCGCGCUUCUGGAAAAGCUCUCGGCCGGCGUCGCGUCGCUUAGGAAGCGGGCCGUCGCCGCGCCGCUCGCGGACAAGGGCCCGAAGAAGGGGACGGCCCGCCUCGGCCGCUGCCUCUACUGUGGCUGCUGUGGCCGCUGCGGCGAAUUUUGGCGGCGACUCCUGGUCAAGCGGCCGCCCGCGGCCGUCUACACCGCGGAGGACGGGACGGAGCAGACGGUCCCCUGGGUCGUGGCGCCGGGCCCGCCGGGCACGAUCGUGACCCGCCCCGACGGCAUCAAGGUCAAGGUGCCGGAGGGCGUCCAAAGGGGCCAGCUCUUCUCGCUCGCGGAGGCGGCGCCCGCGGGCGCCGACGGCGCCGCGCCGAAACACGCCGCCGAGCCGCCGUCGCUCACGGAACGCACCGCGCUCCUCGUGCGCAAGGCGUGGAUUAUAAAAAAGCGCACGACGGGCGCCCUGGCCAAGCAAGUAUUCGUCCCGCUCCUCGGCGUCGGCGUCCUGUGGUUACUGUACGACACCAGGGAACGAAAUCGAAAACAGCGGAGCACCAAAGCGAGCGCAGGCUUCGACACGAUCCACGGCGACCUCGAGCUCAAAGUGUUCCAGUUCUUCUUCUUCCCGUGGGUCCAGGUCGUCGCCUCGGCGUUGGUGGGGGACGUCGCGCAAGGCACGCGCGAGGCGACGCGCGCGGCGGGCGGCGCCGACGCGGCCUACUGGCUCGCAUCCUUUUUGGUCGAGGGCGUCGCCGUCGGCGGCGGCGUCGCCGUCGCGAUCGCCGCGGGCGCCGCGCCGGGCCUCUUCCGGCGCGCCGGCAAGAGUUUCGAGGUCGCCGCGUUCCUCGAGCUCUUCGCCCUCCACUGGCUCUUCCUGCUGGCGCUCACCCUCCAGACCUUCGUGGUGGUCACGUGCCUCCUUCGGUCGCAGAUCGCCGCGGCGGGGUUCCCGCCCCUGUUGCACGCGGCCCUGCACGGGUGCUACCUCGCCUGGAACCCGCUCCGGACCUGGAACCGUCACGGUGGCGGCCGGCUCCGAACGCACUGGACCCUGCGGGCGCGGCCGCGCGCGCACUUCGCCGGCGCGGCUUUCCUGCCGCAGUUCGCCUACGAUUUGUUGGUGGACUCGUUCAGCCCGACGGGAAAGCGAGCGGGCUGGCGGUGCCGGCUCGUCGCCGACGGCUUUGUGGGGGAGCGCUACCCGUGCAAGCAGUGUAGAAAAGAGUGCUGGGAAAAAGCCCCGGGGCCGCGGCUCGAGGCUUUCGAGCAGUAUCUGCAGAGCCAGGCGCUGACGGCGGCGCCCUGCGCCGACGAGCACCUCAUGUGCGAGGACGUUUGGCCCUUCUGGUACGAGAAGACUGAGGAUCGGGGCUGGCGGCCCGAGUCCGCGUGGACGGCCGGGGUCUACUGCAUGCUGAUGGUGUCCGUGGCGCUGUGGGCGGCCGUCCUGUGGUACGUGAUCCAGGUCUCGACGUCGGCGGCGCGGGGCAAGGGCAAGGACCUGCUCUUUUGCAUCCGGAAGGCGUACUGGCGACCGCCGCCGCCGGACGAGGUCGUGGAGAAGGCGCCGCUCGUGGACCACGACGAGUGGUUCGAGAACGAUGAAAGCGCCGACGCGCCGGUCCAGGUAAGAGGCCUCCGGAAGGCCUUCGGGAAGAAGGUCGCCGUAUCCGACGCGACGUUUGCGAUUCGCGACUCGGAGAUCUUCUGCCUGCUGGGUCACAACGGCGCGGGCAAGACGACCACCAUGUCCAUGAUGACUGGUGCGAUGGCGCCCGACGGCGGCAGCGCAAGUUUCUUUGGUAUACGAACGCUUGGCCCCUUAGCUGAAGCAGACGGCCUCGACCGGCUCCGCCAGCUCCUCGGCUUCUGCCCGCAGCACGACGCGCUGUUCCCUCAGCUCACGCUCCGGGAGCACCUCAUUUUCUACUCACGGCUCAAGGGCGUCGAGGAAGCUAGAGCGGAGAACGAGGCGACUGGCCUGCUGGAGCUCUUCCGCCUCGCGGAAAUGGCCGAGGGGUUUCCGCUCAAGCUCUCGGGCGGCCAGAAGCGCAAGGUGAUGAUGGCCGCGGCGCUGACCGGCGGGUCCAGGCUCGUGGUCCUCGACGAGCCGACGGCGGGGAUGGACCCCGUGGCGCGGCGCGAGGUCUGGACCCUGCUGCGGGACGUCCGCGUCGACCGGUCGGUGCUCCUCACGACGCACCACAUGGAGGAGGCCGAAGCAUUGGCGGACCGGGUGGCGAUCAUGGCGGCCGGGAGCGUGACGUGCUGCGGCACUCUCUCUUUCCUGAAGCGGCACUUCGGCGGGGGCGACGACGCAGAGGUCGCCGCUCGCCGCAAGGCGGCGGAGGAGGAGGCGAGGCGGAAGGAGGCGGAGGCCAAAGCGUUAGCGGAACGCAUGGCCGCGGCCGGGGCCGAGGAGCGGGAACGAUUAGCCGCGGAGAAGGCUCGUCUGGAGCGGGAGGCGGCCGAGGCUCGAGCCAAGGCCGAGGGCGGCGCGGACACGUCGACCGGCGGCCUCCACGUGGCGGUGACGACGACUGCCGCGGCGCGCGAUCAACUUAAAGGGAUUUUUGCGCAGCACGUGCCCGGAGCCAAGCUGGCGGCGGCCUCGAAGCUCGAGGAGGACCUCCGCCGGGCGACCGAAACGGACGCCGCGAACCCGCUGCUCGGGUCGACGCCGAAGAGCUUUUCGUCAUCAUUUAAGAGUCCUCUCCUGAACGCGACCCGUGGCACGAGCUUCUCCGCGUCGCGGAACUGGGCGAACGCCGAGGCCCCCCUCCUCGAAGACUCCGCGCGCGACGUCACGACGACGUACACCGUCCACGCACCCAGGGCACGCGUCGCAGCUCUCUUUGAGGGGCUGGAGGCCGAGGCCGACGGCUUGGGCCUCGUCGACGUUUCGGUGACGGCGACGUCGCUCGAGGACGUGUUCAUAGCCGUCGGCGAGCAGGUCGAGGGCGCGGCGGCGCCCGUGGAGGCAGAGACGUUGGUUGGCGGGGCCUUGCUGCCGUCGGCGCCAGGCGAGCCGGUGCCGGCGGGGAGGCUCGUCGCGGCCGUGGUCCAGUUUCGGCUCCCAGCGGUGCAGACAGAUCAAAGUGACCUCGACUCACCUCUUGAUUCCCACACAGGCUCCAGCAAAUAAGAGACGACCUCGUGUGGAUCAAAAAGUUCGUCCUCGGCGGCGCGGCGGUGCCCGGCGGGCUCAAGCAAGCGGUGGCGCGGGCGCGCGCAAGCAAAGACCACACGACCUUCACGGUACCCACGAAAUUUGCCGUCCUGGUCGCGGCGCUGGCCGGGGCGCCGACCCUCGGCGUGGCCGUGGGCGUGCAGGGAGGCGGCUGGCUCGGCCUGGGUUUGUGGUUCGCGACCUCCGUCGCUUUUUCAGCAUUCGUUUUUUUGUUGGCGGCGCUGGAAUGCGGCGUGCGAUACUACUGUUUCAAAAGUUCGGUGUCGGCGCCAUGCGCGGUCGCCGGCGGUGUCGUAGGCGCCUUCGUGGGGAUGACAUGUGUCCUCGUGAAAACCGAAUGGUGGGAGUCCCUGGCGCGGGGGCUGACGUCGCUGGUGGCCACGGCGAUCGCCGUAGGCCUCGAGGCCGGGCUCCGGCCGUACUUUGGUUCUCCAACAUCGGUCUUUGGUGCGAUCGCGGGUGCGGGGACGGGGUGGAGUGUGGGCUGGAUUGUGGGCUGGCAAGUGGACAAGAAGACGUUUCGGCGCAUGGCCGCGAGCGCGGCGGGCCGCCGCGCGCGAGCGCGGACCGCCGGCGGCGUCGCCGGGUUCUUUGUUGGCCUCGUCGUGGAAGUUUUGGGCUCCGUCUUCGCCUCGGCGUUUUGUUCCGCCGGGAUACAUGGAACGAUCCUGGUGCUCCUCCAAGUGGCGGCGGCGGCGAUGCCGCUGGUCGUGCGCGGAACCAUGGGCAGAAGGAAGAAGGUCCCGCGCUUCGGAAGCAAGUGGGCGGAGGGCUACAACGUACUCGUCGCCGGGGUCCUGGUGGGCGCCUACUUCCUUGUGGCGGGCUUCGUGGUGGAGCCCUACGUCCGCGAGCGCGCCAGGGGUCUGCGGAAUCUGCUGGCGGUCUCGGGCCUCGACACCUUCACGUACUGGCUGGGAAACUGGCUCGGCGACGCGCUGGUACUCGUGGGCGGCUCGGUCUGCGUCGUUUUUAUGUUAGCGGCGACGCGCAUGGCAUAUCGCAAGCGGUUAUGUAGCAGCGCGCCGACCUACGCGCAGCUCCACGCGGCCGCUCGGAAGGGGGAUCUCGACCUCGGGCCCUACAACGCGACCGCCACGUCGCUAGCAACCGCCUUCCACGACCGGUACCCGGGGGGCUUUCAAGAAGACCAGAACGGUAUUUGGAGCUCCGAUUCCUACGAUACCAUCACGCAGUGGUACUGCGACAGCAUCUGGGACCGCGGCAUCGGGGCCGGGGCCUGGCAGAACGCCACGAAGUUCGUCGUCCGCCGCUGGAUGGAGCGCUGGCCGUGGUUGUGGAUUUUACUGCCGCUCUGCAGCGCGGGGAUCGUGAGCUUCUCGCACUUCGCGACGACGACGUUCGACUCGCCGCUCAUUGCGGUCGCGUCGACGCCCAUUUUCAUCGCUUUCGUGGGCGGCGCGGCACCGGCCGGGCUCGCAGGACUUUGGUGGGUGGUCACAACAAGCAACCCCAACCAGCUCCUAUACCAGGAUAUCUCCUGUAAGUUCGGGUGGCUUGCAUCGAUCGCAACGCCGUUCGGCAACCUGGCGGUCCAGGUCUGCAAGGUGGCUUUCCACCCGCAGCUGAAGCGCAGGGGAUUUCUCGAGGCGUCGGGCGACGGGCCCCUUUCGCGGCAGCGCGCGGACCCGCCUUUACCGAGCGGCUGGGCGGCCGUGAUCUUCGCCUUUUUCCACAUCAUACUUUAUGAAGGAAUAGUCUUCUUUAAAGAUCAACGGGCCCUGCGCCCGCUCGCCUGGGUGAAGACGCGGGUCUCCAAGGUGCGCGCGAACGCGAUGCCCGACGACGUCGCCGCGGAGCGCGCGCGCGUCGCGGCACUCACCGGCGCGGGCGACGCCGCGAGCGCGGGCGACGCCCUGUCGACGAACGAAGACGACUUCCAGAUUGUGGUAGACGAGCCGGAGGAGGAAGCGCCGCCGUCGCGGCCGCCGCCGACGAGGUUUUCCGCCGCCGUGCGCGACACCGUCGCCAUGCUGCGGAACGUGCCGCCGGGCGACGACCCGUACCCGCCGCCGCUCGUGCGAGACAUCAAGUCAGCGGACCGCGACGGCCUCGUCGUCUCGGAGCUGCGGAAGAUAUAUCCGCCGCGAUUCUUCGGCGGUGCGGCCGUCGAGUCCGUCCAGUGCGCGGCGUUCGGCGUGCCGACGGGCCAGGUUUUUGGUUUACUAGGCGCGAACGGCGCCGGAAAGACAACGACCGUGUCGAUGAUCUGCCGCGCCGUCGAACCGACGUCCGGCGACGCCAGGGUCGCGGGGAAGAGCGUGCUGGCCGUCAAGAGCUGUGUGGAAAUCAACCAGUGAGUUAGGCUGACUUUCACGCCAUCGAGCAGACGCAGCUACGGAGAAAAUAUCGCGUCGAUGGCGUGGGGCGCCCGAAAUUUGAUUUCCACACAGGACUUCGAACGCGCAGCGCGGUCGCUCGGCGUCGUCAACUGUGUGGAAAUCAACCAGUGUGUCGGGUGCACCCGACAAUUCUUCACGAAGAUUUUUUUCUCGGCGACGACGCGGCCGACCUGGCUCGGUCGAGCGGCGAGGAAACGGCAUCGCCACGCCAUAAUUUUGAUUUCCACACAGGUCGUCAACCAGAAGAACGUCCUCUGGGACCACCUGAGCUGCCGAGACCUGUGUGGAAAUCAAAUUUUACGGCGCGUUCGUGCUGAAUCAUCGCGUCGUCCUCCACGCCAUCGACGUGACGCCUGCUCGAUAGUGAAGAAUUACUGGUUGAUUUCCACACAGGCCGAGACCAUCUGAGUCUCUUCGCGCGGCUCCGGGGCGUCGACAUCGAAGGAGACGCGCGCCACGCCGCGGAGCAAGCGCUCGCCGUCGUCGGCCUGUCCGACCACGCCGACAAAGCGGCCGGCCGCCUGUCGGGGGGCAUGAAGCGCAAGCUGGCGGUCGCGGUGGCGCUGGUCGGCGGCCCCUCGGUGGUGUUGCUGGACGAGCCGUCGUCGGGCCUGGAUCCAGGAGCGCAAAGGAAUCUCUGGGACCUCAUCAAGGUCACUAUGAAGGGCCGCGCCGUCGUCCUGACGACACACUCGAUGGGCGAGGCUGAUCUCCUCUGCGACCGCCUCGGCAUCAUGGUCAAGGGCACCAUGCGCUGCAUCGGGACGCCGCAGGAGCUCAAGGAGCGCUACGCGGCGGGCUACGAGAUCUCGUGCCGCCUGGAGACGCGGGACGACGCGCACGUUGCGGACCUCGUGGCGUUCGCGCGCGAGGCCUUUUCGUCGCCGGACGUCGACGUCGCCGCCGCGGACGCGGACAUUGCGACGCUCGAGCUCGCGGGCGUCGACCCGCGGCGGACGCCGGCGCUCGCGUUCCGCGCGUUCGACGACGACGCUUGCGCGCGGCUCGGCGUGAUCGACUUUUCGCUCGCGCGCGCGACGAUGGAGAAGGUGUUUUUGAGGAUUGCCGGCGGCGAGGAGGGUCUGGCGCAGUCGCGGCUCGGCCGGGAGAUCGCCGAGAUGCUCCAGGCCGAGGCCGACGACGACGCGCAGAAGGAACUCGAUAAGGUGGUCUUCUCCGAGGCGACGAGUUGCGGCUGCACGCGGUUCGCGUGGGAUAAUCUGUGCUUCCACAGUUUCGCUUGGUUUUUCUUCUUUACCGGCCUCUGGAUGGUCUCCGCUCUUGUACCACAACGCUUUGACACGUGCGUUUGGUGGGAGCAUCACGAAUCGAAGGGGCACUUGCGGAGAUGCGGCAGGCACGACUACUGGUUCAAGGCCCCCACGAUGUUCUACUCUGUGUGGAAAUCAACCAGUGCGUCGGGUGCACCCGACAAUUCUUCACUAAGUCAUUUCCCGGCGAUGACGCGGCCGUCCUGGCUCGGUCGAGCGGCGAGGAACCGGCAUCGCCACGCCAUCGAGCCGGCGUCGCGUCGAUGACUCGACGGCCACGAACGCGCCGUAAAAAUUUGAUUUCCACACAGGUUCUAUUACUCGCCGAUGGGCCUACUCGUGGGAAUUAGCCUGAUGGGCUGGACGAUGUUCUGCCACCCGUGCGCGGUGUGGUGCCUGCGGGCGCCGAGCCGCACCGGCGCGGUCGCGCCCGCGUAGUCGCUUCGCCUCCGCCCGCCCCGCAAUGGUCCAUCCGAUGGUAAUUACUCGUG